GAGCCGCAGCCCCGGCAGCUCCUCGGCUGGAUCGGCUCCCCGACGGCAGAGCAGCGCAGGCAGCGGGGACACUGCCAGCCAUGCCCCGAGGAUGCUGCUCGGCCCGUGUCCUGCCCUCCUCCUCCUCCUGAAGUUUCUGCUCUGGGACAGCCCGGCUGCAGCCUCCAUCCAGGAGCAGCUCUGCGAGAGCCUGCCGCCUGUCACCAACCACUCUGGUCCCCAGUGCAACGCCUCGGUGGACCUGAUCGGCACGUGCUGGCCCCGCAGCGCGGGGGGACAGCUGGUGGCCCGGCCCUGCCCCGAGUUCUUCUACGGCGUGCGCUACAACACCACCAAUAAUGGGUACAGGGAAUGCCUCGCAAACGGGAGCUGGGCAGCACGUGUCAACUACUCCCAGUGCCAGGAGAUCCUCAGUGAAGAGAAGAAGAGCAAGCUGCACUACCACAUUGCUGUCAUCAUCAACUACCUGGGCCACUGUGUUUCGCUGGGGGCCCUCCUCGUGGCCUUUGUCCUCUUCAUGCGCCUGCGGAGCAUCCGGUGCCUGAGAAACAUCAUCCACUGGAACCUGAUCACAGCCUUCAUCCUGCGCAAUGCCACGUGGUUUGUGGUGCAGCUCACCAUGAACCCAGAGGUGCACGAGAGCAACGUGGUUUGGUGCCGCUUGGUCACCACUGCCUACAAUUACUUCCACGUCACCAACUUUUUCUGGAUGUUCGGCGAGGGUUGCUACCUGCACACGGCCAUCGUGCUCACCUACUCCACGGACAAGCUCCGCAAGUGGAUGUUCAUCUGCAUCGGCUGGGGUAUCCCUCUUCCCAUCAUCGUUGCCUGGGCCAUUGGGAAGCUCUACUACGAUAAUGAGAAGUGCUGGUUUGGAAAGCGAGCUGGUGUUUAUACUGACUACAUUUACCAAGGCCCCAUGAUCCUGGUGCUUCUGAUCAACUUCAUCUUUCUAUUCAACAUUGUCCGAAUCCUCAUGACCAAGCUCCGAGCCUCAACCACGUCUGAGACAAUCCAGUACAGGAAAGCAGUCAAGGCCACCCUGGUGCUGCUGCCCUUGCUGGGGAUCACCUACAUGCUAUUCUUUGUCAACCCGGGGGAGGAUGAGAUCUCCAGGAUAGUCUUCAUCUACUUUAAUUCCUUUCUGGAGUCUUUCCAGGGCUUCUUUGUGUCUGUCUUCUACUGCUUCCUGAACAGUGAGGUGCGCGCGGCCGUGCGGAAGCGGUGGCACCGCUGGCAGGACAAGCACUCCAUCCGCGCCCGCGUGGCCAGGGCCAUGUCCAUCCCCACCUCCCCGACCCGCGUCAGCUUCCACAGCAUCAAGCAGUCCACGGCUGUCUGAGCAGGGAGCCAGGCCUCACCGGGAGCCAGCGUCCCCACUGGGGAGCCCCUGGGAGGGGGGCAUGGCCCAGGACCAGGUCCUGCCUGUGGCCUCCAGCCCCGCCAGGAGAGCAUGAACUCGCUCGGUCGUGGGACACCUGCACAGCUCCGGCCCCGUGUGCUGGGCAGCCUGGAGGACAGGACAGCUGGGACGCUGCUUUGUCGUCUCCCUGGCAGCUGUGUGACCCGCUGGCAUAGCAGAAAGAGCCAGAAGAACCAGGAGAGGUUGCAGCAGCUUUCUGCCAGUUCCAUCCUGGGCAUGAUGUCUCAUGUCACUGCCUUUAUUAGGUUGGUUGACUUUGAGGUGACAGGAUACCAGGACAUUUCUGGGACAACUUAUGGGGCUAACUCCCUGGGAAGCUGGGUCAGCCUUCCAGUGAGCACAUGCUGGAAUGCUGCUGGGGAAGGGGGGAACGCUCUAGAGGAGCCAAAGUCCUGUGUGUUGGAAGGGGAUGGAUGGAGAGCCCUGGAGUGAUUGUAGACAUUGCUUCAUGUAGCUGUGUUUUUGUCGCACUGGGGCUGAGUCAUUCCUCUGCCUCUUGCUGGGUCUCCAGAUGUCCUGUAACUGCUGCUUGGUCUGACCAGGUCAUUUCUCAUCUUGACACCAAAGGUGGGGUAAAGCAACAGGAUGGGAGAGGGGAGGGAACUCCCCUCCCGUGGAGAUGGGUCCUAGGGGCUCUGAACUGUCACAUAGAAUGGGCUCGAUCUGGAGGGAAGCACAGGAAUGAGUUAAAUCCUCUGGUCCAGCCCAGAUGGAUCCAAAGAUCUCUGCAGAGCCCUGGACUUCAGGCCGACUCCAUGUCCCUGCUCAGAGGGUGGAAAGGUGAGGGAGCCCUGCAGUAGAGCAGUGGCUGAGGUCUCCAAAGGCAGCUACUGCAGAGACAGGCCCUGGCUCUGCCCCUCCUCAUUGCCCUGCUUUUACCUGGGCAGGUGGGCCCAGUGCCAAAGCUGCUCCUUGCUCUUGUGCAGGGGAUGGGGCCAAACCAUCCCCGCGUUGGGGUUAAGUGCCUUGGAGGAGCAGCAGCCUCCUUUCCUCCCUUCCCUCCCUUCCUAUCUCCCUCCCCAUUCUGGGGACUCCAGAUUGUCCCUAGUUCCCCCUCUCCCAUUGCCCUCUUCCAUGUGGUCACUGAAAGCAGCUGAGCAGAGAGGUCCCUGUAAGCGGAGGGAUUUGCCUUGACCUCUUUGGAGCCAUCUUUUCCUUGGCCCAGGCAGGUUUAUGGGCUGUCUGCCCUCUGCAUCCCAGGGAUUUUGCCACUGGAGCCAUACAGGGUCUGGUGUGAGCCCCUUCACACUUCUGUGCCUAUAGUUUUCCCACUAUAAAGAACAGGCAUAAAUGUUUCCUGCCCUGGGGAGAUUAAAGCAUCAAUGAAAUUGCAGUAUUCUAUGAUUUCCUCAGGAUGUACCACAGGAAAGGAAUAAAAUCUUGCAUUUUUUUAUUUAAAGGAAAGCAUAGGGAAAAACCUCUGGGUUCUUUCUUCAAACAUUUGUGAAAUUCAGUAGUUUGGAGUAAAUUCCUCCCACUUCCCUCUCAUUUUGAUGUUCUACCUGCAUGUCCACAGUACAGCCAAACUGGAAUAUCCCAUAACCUGCUAGGAACAGCAACAGUUCCCAGUAUGGCACAGUGAGCACAGCAAGGACCAUACCCUGCUUAUGGGGUAUGUUUCAGUCUUUGUUCAAGUUCAGCCACUGCCAGGAGUCCCAAAAACUGCCCCUUCUUCAAAAUACAGGUGUGAAAACGAUCCCUGGAGUUGUGCAAUGGGAAAAGUGGCAAAUGCCAACUCUAUGGAUACUUUCCUGGUGCCCUACAAGGAGUAGACUUGUGUUUCUGUAUCUUGGUGUCUUUAUUGGGUAUUUUGGCAGGAGCUAAUAAAGCUCUGCUGGCAAUGAAGAAGGGGAAAUGCCCCAGAGAGCUUUUUUCAUCAUUCCUGCAAGAAAUGUUGCCAAAAAAUGAUGUGCUACACGUUCAAUUUGGAUUUUUCCAAAGUGGGGUCUUUUAGUGGACAGAAGCUGGAAAUUGAAAAGCUAA